UCAGCGUUUCAGCCGCUCUCCCGUCCACCCUGCUUACCCUCUCGAACCCGGGUCAUUCUCCCCAGCCCACACAUCACCUCCCUGAGAGACCCUCUCUGCUGUCUCCGCACACAACUUUCCUGGGAGAGGAUUCCUGUUGCCAGGCCGCUCCGCCCCCGCUGCCCCCCCAGGCUGCUCCACCAUGUUUGGGCGGCGCGUGCGGCUGCAGCCCAUGCCCCUGCAGAGGCUGUCUGAGCUGGAGCGUGUCCGCCUGCAGGAGGUGGCCUUCUGCCACCUGGAAGACCGAGAGCUGGACUGCAAGAUCACCAUCCCCCAAGAGAGCCGCAAGAGGAGGAAAUCUUUGCGUAGGAGGUUGGAUUCCUUCUCCAAAGAGAAAAAGGAGCGAGAGACGGCUCCCAAGGCCUUUGGCAUCCCCCUGGCGCAGGUGAUCGCUAACGACUGCGCGCAGAAACAGCGGCAGGAUGCUCUGAGGGAGAGCCGCAGAGACUGCCUGGAGCUGGAGGCCAGCGUGCUGCGCUUCCGCGCUGAGAAGCAGCAUCUCCACGGCAACAGCAAGGCCCCCUCCCCACAAAGCGCGCCCCCUCUCUCACCCCAAACCCCGCUGGACAAGAAAUCCAGGACCCACCGCAGGGGCGGCCUGUCGGUGGACUGUAUCUCAGACCUUGUAGAGAGUCAGUCCCGCCUGCUGGAGGCGCUCCAGCUGUCCCACCCCCACGAGCUGGACGGCAGGAGAGCGGCCGGCCACGCCCAGGCCAAGCUCAGCCUCAACCCCAUCUACAGGCAGGUGCCCCGCAUCGUGGAGCGGUGUUGCAGGCACAUUGAGGCCCACGGUCUGCGCACUGUGGGAAUUUUUCGUGUGGGGAGCUCCAAAAAGAGGGUCAGACAGCUGCGGGAGAGCUUUGACAUGGGGAUGGAUGUUCUCCUGGAUGAGGAUCACAGUGUGCACGAUGUCGCCGCCCUGCUGAAAGAGUUCCUGAGAGACAUGCCCGACCCCCUGCUGCCCCGAGAGCUCUACUCCGCCUUCCUGCACGCCAACAACCUGAUGGGGGCGGAGCAGCUGUCCUACCUGCAGCACCUGCUGUACCUGCUGCCCCCCUGCAACUGUGACACCCUGCUGCGCCUGCUGACCCUGCUGCACACCGUGCAGAGCCACGCCCACGACGACAUCGGCCCCGACAACCAAGAGGUCCCGGGUAACAAGAUGACAGCCACAAACCUGGCGGUGAUCUUCGGGCCCAACCUGCUGCGGAGAGAGCGGGGCUCUGAGCGUGAACUCAGCCUGCAGGCCAUGGGUGCCGAGGACAGCAACGGCAUCAUCGCAGUCACACUGCUGCUCAUCCAGAGCUACCAGCAGCUCUUCAUGGUAUCUGCUGAGCUGCAGCAGGAGGUUCUGAUGAGUCUCCUGCAGACCGACCCCGACAUCAUUGAUUACCUGCUGCGCCGCAAACUCAGUGGCAGCCACCUGACUGUGGAGACAGAGAUCGAUGAGAGGCGUGUCACCAAAGCCUCGCUGGACUCUGUGGGCCUGUCCAGCGGGGAGCAGUCGCCCCUAGACUCCCCCUCCCCGAUGUUUCCCGACCCCCCCGGGGAAAGCAGCUUCAGCAGCAAGCUCUUCCUCAGUGUGCUACGGCUCAACCACAACAGCAAACGCCCUUCAGAGGACAGCCCCAGGAGGUCCAUCGCCCAAAUAAGGCAGUUCCAUUCCCACCACAACCUGAUGAGCCUGGCCCGCCCCCCGGCCCGCCCCCACAGUGAGGACCCCGCCCAGGAGGUGGGCCCAGGGGAGGAGGGCGGGGCUUCAGCUGAGAGGACAGUGCUGUUCAGCCUGGGAGAGGACCCCAGCACGUCCCGGACUCCCCCCCACAGGGACAGUGGCAGUGGGGGAGGGAAACAGCGGACAGAGGAGAAACCCUCCUCAAACUUCUGGGACUUCUUCACACGGAAGACUUCCAGCUCUGAGAGCUUUGUAUGAUCAAGGAGAGGAGAGACUGCCUGGCACCGUAACACACACUCACACAUACACAUACAAGCGCGCACACACACACACACACACUUGCGGGCAGGAAGCUAUGUGCCAGAGCUGUAGGACUCUGUGGCUCCUUGCUGAUGCCAUUGGCUGGUGGCCAGUGAGGAGGGACAUGAAUCAAUAUGCAGAUGAAUAAAAAUCAGUGCUCAUUUUUUACUCUAUUUUUAUGUCUGAUGUUAUUGUGUUGUGAAUACUGCUGUCAAACAGCCCUUUACUGCUGACCAUGCCACCUGCUCCACAUGAGACACACACC